AUGGACUCUCUUGACGACGCGAGACAGCAACUUCACGUCUUCAGGCGUCGAAUUCGCAAGCUUUCGAUAACUUUCCAGCCGGAGCUUCGUGGCCAUUACUCUUUAGAGCGUAUUCGCAAGCUCUUAGCCUACAGCAAAACUACGCCGCUGUCCUGGACGGUCAUCGUCACUCUGGCCUCACCCUUCCCGUGCCUGAUCAUUCUCGUAUCAAUCGACGCUGUCCCGCUGGCUUCACCCAGAGAUGGCUCUAGUGCAAAUUAUUUGUUCUGGAUACGGGAUUUCGUCACG